UUUUCAGUAGUCAACUGACAGAGAUAGAAGUUGGAUACCUUGAAGUUUAUUGCUCGGUGGAAACGUUGUUUAUUCUGGACAAAACAAGGCGUGUUUGAUUAGGACAGCUGUCUGUCAUUUUGAAGUUCGUUUCAAUUGACACACAUAUGUCAGUGAAUGACAGUCUAUUUCUCAUUUGAGCGUGAGUGUACGACUGACCGACUAUUCAGAACCCGCUGAGAUGGCAGUCUGAUCAUAGUCUAACUAAGCCCGAGAGCGGCUGUAGACCGAGCGAGGGAGUGACGGACAGAUCAAGUCUCCAAAACAGAAGAUGGGUGAAAAGGAGGAUGAGAGGAGUGCCCAGGCAGGGCAACUCUUUGAGAACUUUGUCCAGGCGUCCACAUGUAAGGGCACUCUGCAGGCCUUUAGUAUCCUAUGCAGGCAGAUGGAUCUGGACCCGCUAGACUACAGGAACUUCUACAGCAACCUCAAAGCCACGGUCACCAAUUGGAAGGCCAAGGCCCUCUGGACCAAACUGGACAAGAGAGCCGGCCACAAGGAGUACAUGAAAGCCAAAGCCUGUGAGGGCACCAGGUCUUUGAUCAUUGGAGGAGGGCCCUGUGGCCUGCGCACAGCCAUCGAGCUGGCUCUGCUGGGGGCCAAGGUGGUGGUGAUUGAGAAGAGGGACACCUUCUCCAGAAACAACGUGCUCCACCUGUGGCCCUACACCAUCCACGACCUCAGGGGCCUCGGGGCCAAGAAGUUCUAUGGCAAAUUUUGUGCCGGAGCCAUAGACCACAUCAGUAUUCGCCAGCUCCAGCUCAUGCUGCUGAAGGUCUCCCUCAUCAUGGGAGUGGAGGUCCAUGUUAAUGUGGAGUUUGUUAAACUGCUGGAACCACUGGACAACCAGGAGAAUGAAGGGCUUGGAUGGAGAGCUGAGAUUAGACCAUCAAACCACCCCCUCACUGACUAUGAAUUUGACGUGGUGAUCGGUGCGGAUGGACGCAGAAACACGCUAGAUGGUUUCAAGAGAAAGGAGUUCCGGGGUAAGCUGGCCAUCGCCAUCACAGCCAACUUUGUCAACAGGAACACCACGGCCGAGGCCAAGGUAGAGGAGAUCAGCGGAGUGGCCUUCAUCUUCAACCAGAAGUUCUUCCUGGAGCUCAAAGAGGAGACAGGGAUUGAUCUGGAGAACAUCGUGUACUACAGAGACAACACGCACUACUUUGUGAUGACUGCAAAGAAGCAGAGUCUGCUGGACAAGGGGGUCAUCAUUCAUGAUUACAUUGAAACAGAGAAGCUGCUGGGCCAAGACAACGUGAACCAGGAGGCUCUUCUCUCCUACGCCCGCGAGGCGGCCGACUUUGGCACCAACUACCAGCUGCCCUCUCUGGACUACGCCAUCAACCACUGCAACCAGCCCGAUGUGGCCAUGUUCGACUUCACCUGCAUGUGCGCCUCAGAGAAUGCGGCGCUGUUCAGGGAGAAGUGCGGACAUAAGCUACUGGUGGCUCUGGUGGGGGACAGUCUAUUGGAGCCCUUCUGGCCCACGGGGACAGGCUGUGCUAGAGGGUUCCUGGCUGCCUUUGACACGGUGUGGAUGGUGAGGGGCUGGGCGCAGGGCAAGACCCAUCUGGAGAUCCUGGCAGAAAGGGAGGGCCUCUACAGGCUAUUACCCCAAACAACGACAGAGAACAUCUCAAAGAACUUUGAUCAGUACACCAUAGACCCGGUAACACGGUACCCUAACCUCAACUCCAGCUGUGUCAAGCCACAUCAGGUGCGUCACCUGUUCAUAGACGGGCAGCAGGACAAUUGUCCUCUGGAGCGGGGUGGACCCACACGUAGUUCUGUCAAUCUAUCCAGACGAGAGUCUGACAUCCGGCCCAGCCGCCUCCUCACCUGGUGUCAGAAGCAGACACAGGGGUACAGGGGUGUGGAUGUCACCAAUCUCACCUCUUCCUGGAAGAGUGGCCUAGCACUCUGUGCUCUUAUACACCGCCUCCGGCCAGACCUCAUUGACUUUGACUCCCUGAAUGAGAAGGACUCGGCCAAGAACAACCAGCUGGCCUUUGACAUAGCAGAGCAUGAGUUUGGUAUCCAGCCUGUGACCACGGGGAACGAGAUGGCUCUGGACCAGGACCCAGACAAGCUUAUGAUGGUGCUGUACAUCUCCAAGCUUUACGAGAUGUUCCGCAACUCGCCUGCAUCCAUCACUGGUGCAAGGGAAACGGAUGAGAACAAUGAAGCGACUUCAUCGGCGUCUGCACACUCUGUUUACAACUUAAUGAACCGAACACAGCCCAAAAAAAGGAUCCCAAAGGAUAACGGGAAGCUGGAGGCGAACGACCCGAUGAACAAAAGACGAAGAAAGGGCAGCACCUAUUUAGAGGAGUUGUCCUGUCAGAGUGCCCCCCCUGCAGGUGACGGUGGGGAGCAGAAUAAAGUGCGCUCAAUGGCCACACAGCUACUGGCCAAGUUUGAGGAGAAUGCAUUGCCCGGCAGUUCCCUGCGCAAUAAGUCUGAUUUGAACUCUGACUCUGAUUCAAGCCGUCCUUCAUCUCCUUCUCUGGAUAUGAUGGAGAACCCUCGCUUUGCUAAGCCCAAGAAACAGCCCCCUCCCUCGCCUCCACGCCCCAAGUGGCAGCCGUCCAUCUAUAUGCGACUCUUAGAAGAGCCUGCAGCCGUGGCGCAACCGACUCCCCUUCACGUUCCAACAAGGUCCUGGAGUCCUCCUCCACGUGAUGAUCAAACACAGGCCUCUCCGCGCGCAGACUUGGUGCAGCAGAGAGUGUGGAUUCCACACACCGAAACCCCAGAUGACGUAGAUUACCCAGAACAACCUUCUCCUGGCCCCACAGGGAAGGGCCUAGAGAAGCUGGAGCGAAAGAUGAGCCAGAAAAAAGUACAAACCGUAACUACCGGGGAAUUUAACAGGAAGAGUAUAAAGGAGAGAGCUGUGCUUCUGCGUUCUAUGUUUCCUGAGUCCGAGACUCCUCGAGUGAAAGAGUAUAAGACGGAUCGAUCUGCCUUUGUUCCUAAAAUCACUUCAAUACACCUUGUCCCUGAACCGUCUGCUCUGUCUUGCGUCUCUUCUCUUACCCCAACAUCUCCUGUGCAUCAUUACAAGUGCGAUGGAAGUGCUGCAUCAAGUAGACUCAUUCAAACGCCAACCGAAUGUCCUGUGAGUUAUCAAGCUGAACCCUUCCAGCCUGACAUGUCUGCCGAACAGUGCAAUGGGAGUGCUGGAUCAAGUAUUCAAAAGCCAAUCAUUCGAUUUGAGAGUUACGAAGCUGGCCCUUUAAAGUCCACCGAACAGUGCAAUGGGAGUGCUGCACCAAGCGUAAUGAUUAAAAAAACAAUUGAUCAAUCUGAACACUGUCCUGCUGAGCCCUCUAUGCCUGCCAAACAGAGGACAGUUGGGAAGGUCUCUUCUCACAUAGGCGCUAGGGCUGAAACUCUAGCCAUCCUUUAUGAAACUGACCACAGGCCUAAUGCCUUGCCGUGUAUCGUGCGGAAGGAGUUCCCUCAGAACCUGGGAGGCAGUGACACGUGUCACUUCUGCUCCAAGCGUGUGUACGUGAUGGAGCGACUCAGCGCUGAGGGCCACUUCUUCCACAGGGAGUGUUUCCGCUGUGACGUCUGCAGCUCCACACUACGCCUGGGAGGACACGCCUACGACUCCCAACACGGCAAGUUUUACUGCAAGCCUCAUUAUUCUCAGCGUCGGUCCAGCCUACAAAGUUCAAGCAAGUUCCUGAGGAGAACGGAGGAUCAGGGACGUCUGACGUCUUCGCCGGACCGGAGUGACCCCUACUCGGCCACAGACAGCCUGCAGAGCCAGCCCUCAGGGCAUCACUACAGAUACACGUUGUUGGAUGGACUGUACACCCGCAUGGUGCCUGAAGUGGCAGAGGAGGAGGCCGUGGACCUGGACAUGCCUGACUCCAACAGGACUGCCGACUCGGAGAAACAGGACAACUCGAAUACUUCUCUCCGACCACAAGAUUCUGCACAAGAGAAGAAAGAACCUUCCGGUUCCAAUUCAUCUCUCCUGUCUGGGAACAGCCGAUGGAAGAGGAAGAUCCGUGCUACUCUCCCUCUCAUCCUGGUGAGGCACUUCUCACAUGAAAACACUACAGAAAAAGAGGAGCCCAUCAUUGAAGAGGCCAACUUUGAAUUCAACAUGAUUGAACCACCACAGGUCUCCCAUGAUGGUCCUAAACUACCUCCAGAUUCUCCGAAUCAGAAUCCAUCGAUGGGUAAAGAAGCGCCUCCUGUCACCAAAGUGCCACAGCUGGAGGAAGCAGUCGGCCCAAAGAAGAGGUUGACCCUGUCCCUGUCUGAGAAACAGAAGCUCCUAGACUGGAACCUGGUUACUCCAGAAGAGGCCCGAAGCCCUGGAGGAGGAGACCCAUCCAAACACUCCAAACCUGGGGACCAGAUCCUCCCAUUGCCUCAGGUAGAGGCAGAGCCAGUCCCAGCUCAGGCCCAGCCGGCACCGUCCAUGUUCCAGAUUUGGGCAAAUGCCUUCAGAAGGUCUUUUGGAGUACCAGGGACAACCACAGACUCCAACACAGUUGUGACCAGGAGGAACAACAACGGGCCCACCAAGCCCAGGCCUCUGUCUGACGGCGCCUUCAGCUUUAGCUCCCUGUUUGGGGCUACUGCCCAAAGCCAGGAGGCCGAACCAGUGGGAGUGGGUCAGAAGAGCCAGCCGACCCCACACCCACGCAAGGCAUCCAUGGGUGAUAGACCCGCAGACCUGCCCAUGCUACUGGACCAGGUGUCCCUAGGCAGCAACAAGUCUGUGGGAUCCUUCACCACAGACAACAUGGCCUCACUGCCGCCCAGGAGGCUCAACUUCUUCUCCUAUCUUAGGCUGAAGAAGAGAGAGGGGCCGGAGAGCGUGGGAGCGGGGGUUCUGGAGAAGGACAUCAGGACCAUCCUGUCCAACAUCAGGAACAAAGCCUCCAGCGAACAGCAGAAGGAUGAGUCCAACUCCUCAAGUGACGAUGAGCUUGUCCCAGCCAAACCUUUGUCCCAGCCGAAGACCCAUGGGAGCUCAGAGAGACAGAGGAGGAGGCAGGAGGAGACUGCGAUUCAACAGGACAAGAGAGAGCAGCUGAAGAGACUCCACAGAGCCCAGGUCAUACAGAGGCAGCUGGAGGAAGUGGGGGAGAAGCAGAAGGACCUGGAGGAGAGAGGGGUGACCAUUGAGAAGGUCCUUCGAGGCGAAUCCCCAGACAAAGGUGAUGGUCUCUCUGAUGAGCACGAGCUCCUUCAAACGUGGUUCAAGCUGGUCCUGGAGAAGAACAGACUGGCACGCUAUGAGGAGGAGCUGGUCAUAUUUGCUCAGGAACUCGAGCUGGAGGACAGACAGAGUCAACUACAGAUGGAUCUACGGUGCAGGAUGUCCAUAGACGAUUCCAGGAAGAGCUCCAGUGAGCUGGCGGAGGAACAGGAGAUGCUGACGGAGAUCAUGGAGGUGGUGGAGAGGAGAGACACUCUGGUCAGCCUGCUGGAGGAGCAGCGGCUGCAGGAGAGAGCUGAGGACAGAGACCCGGAGAGCCUGGUACUGUCUAGAGGCUACCAGUUCCACUGGACCUGAAAAGAAUCAGCCCUCUGGGGCAGGGAAAAGGCUACAGAACCAUGCAGCUCCACAGGCAGAAGAGACAAGUGACUUGACUACUAGUGACUACCUUACUGGAUUUGGCCGCACGUGGCAUGAUGACCCUUUUGAAUAUGUAUAUCAAUUUGACUUGUCAAUUCCUACUUGAGGACCACACCUCUUAUGGACCUGAGGGUUGUACAUUUUUUUAUUUUUUUUAUUUUACCUUUAUUUAACUAGGCAAGUCAGUUAAGAACAAAUUCUUAUUUUCAAUGACGGCCUAGGAACAGUGGGUUAACUGCCUGUUCAGGGGCAGAACGACAGAUUUGUGUUUGUUUAGGCUAGUCUCCCGAGACAGCCUUCAGAGAUUACUGUAUGCCUUACCAAGAAAACCUUAAUGUUAUGCAGCCUUAUAAAUAUAAUAAUAUAGAACACUUUUCAGUUGCACUGGAAAGCACUUAUAAACACUACAGAAACCCAUAGAUUCAGCCUAUCAAAUGUGUUUUCCCUCUCAAAGAAAAAUAUUGCCUAUGUACAGUACCAGUCAAAGGUUUGGACACCUACUCAUUCCAGGGUUUUUCUUUAUUUUGACUCUUUUCUACAUAAUCGUGAAGACAUAAACUAUGAAAUAACACAUAGAAUUUGAGAUUUGAGAUUCUUCAAAGUAUUCACCCUUUGCCUUGAUGACAGCUUUGCACACGCGCUUGGCAUUCUCUCAACCAACUUCACCUGGAAUGCUUUUCCAACAGUCUUGGAGGAGUUCCCAGGUCGGGUGACAGUGGAGGCCAGGUAAUCUGAUGCAGCACUCCAUCACUCUCCUUCUUGGUCAAAUAGCCCUUACACAGCCUGGAGGUGUGUUGGGUCAUUGUCCUGUUGAAAAACAAAUGAUAGCCGAACUAAGCUCAAACCAGGUGGGAUGGCGUAUCGCUGCAGAAUGCUGUGCAGCCAUGCUGGUUAAGUGUGCCUUGAAUUCGAAAUAAAUCACUGACAGUGUCACCAGCAAAGCACCUCCACACCAUCACACCUCCUCCAUGCUUCACUGCAGGAACCACACAUGCAGAGAUCAUCCAUCUCACAAAGACACAGUGGUUUGAACCAAAAGUCUCUAAUUUGGACUCAUCAGACCAAAGGACAGAUUUCCACCGGUCUAAUGUUUGACUGCACUUGAAGAAACUUUCAAAGUUCUUGACAUUUUCUGAAUUGACUGACCUUCAUGUCUUAAAGUAAUGAUGGACUGUAAUUGCUCUUCGCUUAUUUGAGCUGUUCUUGCCAUAAUAUAGACUUGGUAUUUUACCAAAUAGGGCUAUCCUCUGUAUACCACCCCUACCUUGUCACAACACAACUGAUAGGCUCAAACGCAUUAAGAAGGAAAUAAAUUCCACAAAUUAACUUUUAACAAGGCACGCAUGUUAAUUGAAAUGCAUUCCAGGUCACUACAUCAUGAAGCUGGUUGAGAGAAUGCCAAAAGUGUGCAAAGCUGUCAUCAAGGCAAAGGGUGGCUACUUUGAAGAAUCUCAAAUAUGAUUUAUUUUUAAUUUGUUUAACAUUUUUUUGGUUACUACAUGAUUCCAUAUGUGUUAUUUCAUAGUUUUUAUGUCUUCAGUAUUAUUCUACAAUGUAGCAAAUGUUAAAAAUAAAGAAUAACCCUUAAAUUAGUAGGUGUGUCCAAACCUUUGACUGGUACUGUAUAUAUAUCUCCAUUCAUUCUUGAAGAAUAUAACUUAGAAAUGCCUCAUGAUCUUAGUUAAACUGUCACACUCCAUAAGAACCCAAAAUAUAAGCUUGUUUUUCUCCUUUAAAAAAUGUAAAUGUAAACUAACACUGUAUAACCUCAUAACAUGGCUAAAACAAUCAUGUUGAUAUCAUGGAUGGUCAGUCCUUGCAUCCAUAGCUCUGUCUGUUAUUCUGAGAGUGGUUACAUUUCUCCAGGCCUAUCGCUCAGCUUUUUACCAAAACAGAGGUGGGAUGGCUGUUUAUUUAUUGUUUCACUGUGGAUUUGCCCUUUUAACAGCUGCAUAUUAUCAAGAUAUCAAAGUGUUGCCAACAAAAAAGUGAAACAAUAGGCCUAUAGCAAAUGAUGCAUAUGGUAUUCAUUUUUCACAUGUAAAUAGCACUUUUCAGUAAUGCUCAAACCAAGCAAUUCCAUGAGAGCAGCAUUUAUUUUUCAACUCGAAUCAAUGAGCCUAAUCAGUCCUCCAUGACAACAAAAUCAUAAACAGAGUAGGGCUGGCUAAUAAAUCCUUUGUUUUGGAGUUAUGCUCAGGUAAAUCAAUUUGGCAAAUCUAUACUUCCAUAUUUCCAAGUCCUAUUCUUGAAGAUCAAGGGGUAUAACAUUUAUUGGAAUGAUUGGAAUUCUGAUAAACUUUGGUUUUUAAUGUAAAGAUAUAAUUUAAUAGUAGAACGUGAUGGGUUAGAAGAAGCCUACAUAACCAACCCAUAAAGUAAAAUUUAACAUCCAUAUAUGACCAGCUAUGUAAAAUUUAACAUUGAUUUAUCCUGCAAUAGAUGUGGUUCAAUUGGUAACAUACAUUUUUGUCUUCUUCUAAUGCCUCUUAAGGGGAAAGUCAUCUAAAAUUAAUCGAAUGUAAUCAGAUUACGUUACUGAGUUUGGGUAAUCCAAAAGUUAUGUUACUGAUUACAAUUUUGGACAGGUAACUAAUAGAUUACAUUUAGGAAGUAACUUACCCAAACCUACCCUGAGUGCCGCAGCGGUCUAAGGCACUGUAUCUCAGUGCUAGAGGUGUCACUACAGAUCCUGGUUCGAUCCCGGGCUGUAUCACAACCGGCCAUGAUCGGGAGUGCCAUGGGGCGCCGCACAAUUGUCUCAGCGUUGUUAUGGGAGGGUUUGGCUGGUGUAGGCCGUCAUUGUAAAUAAGAAUUUGUUCUGAACUGGCUUCACCUAGAUAAAUAAAAAUGUAUUUUAAAAAAACCUUGGCAAAGGGUGGCUACUUUGAAGAAUCUCAAAUAUAAAAUAUAUUUUGAUGUGUUUAACACUUUUUUAAUUAUUACUGCAUGAUUCCUUGUGUGUUAUUUCAUAGUUUUGAUGUCUUCACUAUUAUUCUACAAUGUAGAAAAUAGCAAAAUAAAUAAAAACCCUUGAAUGAG